GGACCGUCGCUGCUCCCUCUGCCCCUCAGCCUCUCCAGUGCUGCUGGGACAGGCACCUGGCCCAAGGACGUGGGCAUCCUGGCCCUGGAGGUGUACUUCCCCGCCCAGUACGUGGAGCAGGAGGAGCUGGAGCAGUACGACGGCGUAGAGGCCGGCAAGUACACACGGGGCUUGGGCCAGCAACAGAGGGGCUUCUGUGCCGCCCAUGAGGACAUCACCGCCCUGUGCCUGACGGUGGUGCAGCGGCUGGUGGAGCGCGGGCGCCUCUCCUGGGAUGCCAUCGGCCGUCUGGAGGUGGGCACCGAGACUGUCAUAGACAAGUCCAAGGCUGUCAAGACCGUCCUCAUGCAGCUCUUCCAUGACUCGGGCAACACCGACGUGGAGGGCAUCGACACCACCAACGCCUGCUAUGGGGGCACGGCCUCGCUCUUCAACGCAGCCGCCUGGGUGGAGUCCAGUGCCUGGGACGGUCGCUAUGCUGUGGUGGUGUGUGGGGACAUUGCUGUCUAUGCCACGGGGAACGCGCGGCCCACGGGAGGUGCCGGUGCCAUCGCCAUGCUGGUGGGACCCAACGCGCCGCUGGUGCUGGAGCGAG